AUGGACUUGAGCUUGCCUUUGAAUCAAAAUGUCUUGGUGGAGAGGGAAGGGUUUGCCUUUUUCUCUGACAUAGAGUAUGAGAAAUUACCAGCAUUCUGCAAUCAUUGUAGGAAAGCUGGUCACUUGGUUCAGGAUUGCAAAGUUCUGAGACCACAAAACAGAAACAGUGUGGCAAUUCCAAAACCAAAACCUGAUUUCGUUCCAAAAUCAGCUCCUAUACCACCUGAGGUGGUUACUUCGCCGGUAGUCGAGGAAGGGGCGGAUCAAAGUAGUCAAGCAGGUGUGCAGGAUUCCGAACAUACCUUAUGGGAUGAAAGUGCAAGAAACAUUAUUGAUCCUGGGGUGAUUGGCAAUGAGAUGGUUGUGACUCCUAAUCCCCAAAAUUUUGCUUCUCAACCUUCUGUUGAACCCGGUUCACCUCUGUCAGCUUAUGUCGAUAAUACACAGGACUUGGUGGAUCGCAAUGAAGGAUUUCUUCUUAAUUCUUGGGGGAAUCUUGCAGAGGUCCAGGAAGUCACGGUUGGGGCUUUCACUUGUGCGGUCGAUAAUCUGAAACAUAAACGUUCGGCUAGGCUGAAGAAAAAGCUUUCCAUCAGGUCUCAAGCAGGACCUUUGAAGAGGUCCUUAUGA